UACAGAUCCAAUGAACGUUUCUGACGACAACAAUGCGACAAUGAUGACACGAAAACGCUUAAUCAGCUCUAAAAGUGCAGAAUCUGUUGUAAUAACAGCUGCCAAUGGACUCGCUGGUGACCGGUGAGCCAUGUGACGGAAUCUGCAAGUUUGCAUGCUUUUUAAACAACGAUUCAUUGCAUGUCGUUACUAUCAAACGAAAAUGCCCGUGUAAGGAACCAAAAUUGUGCACGAUUUACAACGGAGGCUUCCUUUUAAAUUCCGAUUCUAAAUUAAUUCACGAGAUCGCGCUUGUAUGCAUGGAAGCGUUCUACAGUCAUUGGCGUCAAAUUCAAGACGUAUUCAACAAAUAUUCAUCCGUCAACAAAGCCCUGAGGUCGUCCAACCUCAAUUUACAUUCUUCGACUGGAGCUCCUAAAAAUAGUACAGAUGAUACGAGCGAAGAGAGCAAUGAUUUGAACUCAGUUUUGAAUAAUUUGAACUCGAUUGCGCUGUUAAUCUGCGCUGAAUGUCAACCAUUUACUUCGAAAGUUCCGAACGGAUUUCUUGAAUUGAAUCACGGAGCACAGCGAAACGGCAAAAGCGAUGAUUCCUUGCAUCAUACAUGCGGGCCCUUGCUAUCUGCGCUCAUAAAGUAUCGAAUUCUAGAAAGAUGCUCGGAAUUUUGCGCGGUUAAUGCGGGAAGCAACGCUGACAGUGCCAAAGUGCAGCUGUUGAAUAUUUACAGAAUUCUAGUGAGUCAAGCAAAGCAGCCCAUUUUCAUUUUUGAAGCUCCCACGAAGGCAAUUUUGAAUAUCAUCAGUGAGUGCAGAACGUACAGCUCGCCUAAUGUGGAGUGCAUCUUACUGAGCUUACUGUACGAUUUGAGUUGGCUUUUCAGCAAUGAACCGAAAGUUUUCAAAUUGUUUUCUCAGUUUUCGCUCAGCCAAUCACAGCCGGAUCUGUUGCCUUUGAGUAUUCUAGUUGUCUACAUGUACCGAGACAAUGAGCUGGGCGAGCUGGCUCGCAAAUCGAUCUACCUGAUUUUUUCGGCCAUCAGUUUGGACUACUCCAUGAUCAAGUAUGUUUCUGAGAAGUCAUGCUUUUGUCCAGUGUUAGCUACUGGAAUAAGCGGAACUUACUCCUCGCUUCCGACUAUUUUACCCCAGAAUUAUCUCCGCCUACCGGUGUUAUAUGAAUCCGACUGCACAAAUGUGCCUUAUUUGUCCAAUUUCAUGCAAGCGGUGCAAUUUUGCAAUUCUCUGUGCAACAUAUCACACAAACUUGUCCGCGAGAGCAUUGCGGAUUUUAUUCUGGCCGGGUUUCUCUGUCCGAUCAUCCUCCCCUCGAUCAGUCAGGCGUCGUGUGCCGAAGCUGUGGCUUCGACUGCAUAUCUAGACUUUUUCCUUCGAACCAUUUCCGAAAGUAGCUUAAUGCGUUGUGCCGUUAACUUCGUGCUAACCACUAAAGUGGACAGCCAACCUUUGAUAAACUUGAUAAUAAGUCGAAUUAACAACCCGGAUAUUUCUUCUCAACGUGAAUCUGUAGCGUCUAGUCUCGAGGAUACUACUAGUGUUGGCGAUUCAGUGGGUAGUUCAGGUGGUGUCUUGAGUCGAGCUCUGAGUGUAGCCUCGUUAUGUUUCAUCGCCACCUUAGUUAACCUCAAAUCCGAAGAUGUUAUGCUGGAACUGUUUCUCAGAUUCCUUCUUCCAUGCGAUCAUAUCUUGACCACUCAAAGACCCUGUCUAGCAGCUCAUCAAGCAGACGUGUAUGGAAAAUCAGUGGAGAAGUUUCUAGCCUUGAUUCCAUCUGCAUGUAGAAAAGCCAGACAUAGACCGUUGGUUCUGGUUAAAAAUACAGGCAGACCUCCGGUUGUGAAUCUAAACGUGCCUGUACAAUCUCUAAGUGGAUCUGUAAGACUGUCGUCGACUUCUUCUGGAAAAGUGAUUCAAAGACUUCAAAGGAACAUUUCUGCGCCUCAAUCUGCGAGUUUAAGCGUACGAGAGAAAGUGGUCAGUGGAAGCGAAGAAGCUGCAUCGUCGGACGUGGAUGUCGUGACAUUAGCGCAAUAUGAGACUUCCUAUUUCGAUUAUUUGGCCGACGCAAAAAGCCGAAUUGAGGAAUGUUAUUUUGCAUCCACCGAUUGGAAUUGUAAAUACAACACGGGAAAGGAGACAAAACCCAGAACCACUCACGACGCAAUGGCCAGAAAGAAUUUUCGGCCGUUCAAAAUGCAAUUGACUAAAAGUAUAGAAAACAUCCAUUUAACAAAUGGUAACAGUUCGGCCAAGCGAAACAUAACAACGUGGCACGAACAUAAGCGCAGUUUGAAAAAUAUUCCAGCUGAACAGUUUUUCGAAGAAUUGGAUGUUGAAGAGUUCAUGAGGAUCAAAGCAGAUGUUCACUUAGAUGAAUGCAAUGGAACUCUGGGAUCAUCAUUGAUUCGAGAAAAAGAAAUGUGUGAAAAAAUUGAUUCCGUGCUUACUGAUUCUUUUGAAGAUGUGUUGCAAAAUGGUGCUGAUGUUGACUCCUACGAAGAUGCCAAAUUAAGUUCAUGUGCCGAUAUUUCAAAUGAGAGACCAAAAAAAUUGGCUUUGCUUACAUUCGAUUCAGCGAACCUUUUGUCCAUCGAUUCGCCCUUGCCAUCUAUUGGAUCUCCCUCAAAUCCACAUGUAUGUGAAAAUCAAAUUUACUUGUCAAGCUCGAAAAGUACGCAAUCAUUUUCAGACGCGCUUAGAAGACAAGACAUUGAUCUGUCGUCAAGCAUGAAUAGUGACCGGGGAAACUUUUCCUUGUCUUUAGGCUCUACAGAGGCAAAGAAAACUUUCAAGCAGGGUGUGACCUCUCCUACAAAGUCAAUUCCUAAUGUUUACAUGGGUCCUUGUUUUGCGGCCCUCUUUGCAAAACUGGAGGCGUUUUGCGACAGUGAUUUUCAUUUGAAUCUAGUUUUGACGGGAGUUUUUGCAUCCUUAGUGGCCUACCCAAUGCCUUUGCUUAAGUCUUAUCUUCUAAACCCGAAUAUGUUAUUCCAACCAUCUGUCAAAACUCUCUAUACAGUUUUGCAGAAACUACGUUCCAAAGUUGACCAAUACGCCCAAUCCAUUGACAACUUCCAGGAGUUGCUCCUAAGAGGUCGCUACUAUUUCGCAAAUAUGGAACGGUUUGAAGAUGUAACUCUGGAAGAAUAUUUUUCCUCUGGAUCCAAUACAGACUUAUCAGAAAGUGGGAGCGCUAAAAACUCAUCGGAUAAAAAAUUCCCAACCUUGAUGCUGGACGCUAUACUGCGUCGAAGAAAAUCGAAGAGCUCAAAGGCCAAAGGUGCGUUAAAUCAAUCCAGCGAAAACGCUUUGAUAGAUGACCGAUCAAGUCUAGAAGACGCAAACGUAACCGAGGAGACCCGAAAUUGCGUAAUGGCAGUAAUACUUAUGGAAGAGUUUGUGAAAGAGUUAGCUGCAUUCUGCCAAGAGCAUUCUGUGUGCGAAAACAACUAAAAGGGACUCAAAAUUGGUUAAAAGAACUCAAAACGAAGCAUUUCUUAAAUUAAAGUUGCAAUAAAAUGCAAUACCUAUUAGUGUAACAGUUUUCAAAGCUUUUUCUGGUACAAUUAUUAGUUUUUUAAAAAUCAAUUAUCAUGUUUUUGGUUUUCUCUUCACUGAAUAUGAUUCUAAUUUCUAUAACAGAAUUUAAUUUGUAAAUCAAAUGUUUUGGAUUUCAAAAUGAAAUUGUAAUAUUUUAUCCAAUUCUAUGAAAAGCGUAGCUUAGAUAAAUUAAAUAUUUAAACAC